AGACGCGGCGACGCGCCGGGGGCCGGGGCGCCAUGGGGCCGGCUGGCACGGGCUGCGCGGGGCACCCCCGGCGCCGCGGCUAGUGCGCCCGCCGCUCCGGCUCGUGUCUGCCGCCCGCGCCGCCCGCCUGGGGGACGAGGAGCAGGACGCGGCCUCGGCCGGGCCCGGGCCGAACGGCUGCGGACACCCGGGCGCCGGGGAGCCGAGCGCCGCCGCCGUCGCCGCCGCCGCAGCCUCCGGGAUGGAUCAGUGCGUGACCGUGGAGCGCGAGCUGGAGAAGGUGCUGCACAAGUUCUCGGGCUACGGGCAGCUGUGCGAGCGCGGCCUGGAGGAGCUCAUCGACUACACGGGCGGCCUCAAGCACGAGAUCCUGCAGAGCCACGGCCAAGAUGCUGAGUUAUCAGGGACACUUUCACUUGUUUUGACACAGUGCUGUAAAAGAAUAAAGGAUACCGUUCAGAAGUUGGCCUCAGACCACAAAGACAUCCACAGCAGCGUUUCACGGGUUGGAAAAGCCAUUGAUAAGAAUUUUGACUCUGACAUUAGCAGUGUGGGAAUAGAUGGCUGCUGGCAGGCAGACAGCCAGAGGCUUCUCAAUGAGGUGAUGGUGGAACACUUCUUUCGCCAAGGAAUGCUGGACGUGGCCGAGGAGCUCUGCCAGGAAUCUGGCCUUUCUGUAGAUCCAAGUCAGAAGGAACCAUUUGUGGAGUUAAAUCGAAUAUUGGAAGCUCUAAAAGUCAGAGUUCUGAGGCCUGCUCUGGAGUGGGCGGUAUCAAAUCGAGAAAUGCUCAUAGCCCAGAACAGUUCCUUGGAAUUUAAGCUACACAGACUUUAUUUUAUUAGCUUGUUAAUGGGCGGUACUACGAAUCAGCGAGAGGCACUACAGUACGCUAAAAAUUUUCAGCCGUUCGCCCUAAAUCAUCAAAAAGACAUCCAGGUUUUGAUGGGAAGUCUCGUCUACCUGAGACAAGGGAUCGAGAACUCACCGUAUGUGCACCUGCUUGAUGCCAACCAAUGGGCUGACAUCUGUGACAUCUUCACCCGGGAUGCGUGCGCCCUUCUGGGGCUUUCUGUGGAGUCCCCACUCAGCGUCAGCUUCUCAGCAGGUUGUGUGGCGCUGCCAGCUUUAAUUAACAUCAAAGCUGUGAUUGAGCAGAGGCAGUGCACUGGAGUCUGGAACCAGAAAGAUGAACUGCCGAUUGAAGUAGAUCUUGGUAAAAAGUGCUGGUAUCACUCUAUAUUUGCCUGUCCUAUUCUUCGUCAACAAACAACAGAUAACAAUCCUCCCAUGAAAUUGGUCUGUGGUCAUAUUAUAUCAAGAGAUGCCCUGAAUAAAAUGUUUAAUGGUAGCAAAUUAAAAUGUCCAUAUUGUCCAAUGGAACAAAGUCCAGGAGAUGCCAAGCAGAUAUUUUUCUGAAGAAAUAACUUUAGCAAUUUGAAGAAAGCUGUGAUAGAUUCCCAAUUUGCUUUUUGAUGUUUGCCUCUGCUCCAGCGCUCAGCAGUCGGCCUGCCUGCAUUGAGCCCUGCUUGGGUGCCAGCAGGCUGCCCUGUUAACACCUCUCUGACUUCAGCAGGGGGUUGUGAGAAGCCUUCCACUAGGUCAGAGCGGAAGGAGCACUAUUGUUUCUUUGCUUUUAUUGCCGAGAGGUGCUUGUUUGAAGUGUGUUCAAUAAAAUGAAAUUCUGAAGUUAGAAGUGUUAAGUUGAUAUUUGCUCUCUUAGUAGUCCUGUUCUCUGAACUCUGCCUCUAGGACUUGACUCUGUCUUGCACCUGUAUUUGCAGACACAGUGAUGUGCGUGCCUGCACCCAUGUGCGUGCACACACUGUGUGUGUGUGUGUGUGUGUGUGUGUGCGCGCGCGCACGUGUGUGUGCGUGUGUGCGCUUGCGCGUGCGCACCAGCAUCAGGAUAUUGUGUAUCUGGAGGGACGCAUGUUCCAGACCCUAAUGCAGUUGCCAGACUUUUCACUUUAUAUCCUUCAUGUUAUAGAAGCUAGCAGAUUUUCUGUAGUGUGGAAUAUGCUUAUUGCUUUUUUUUUUUUUUGUAUUUGAAUAGUAUGCUGCUCAAUCCUCUCUCCUGCAUAGUGCAUCAUCUCAUUGACUGUGAAUCUAUAUUAUUCUUAUGGAUAUGGAUAAUAAUCUUUUUUCUUGGGAGGUAUCUUCAUUGAAUGCACUGUCUGGGAAUAGCCAUGUGUAAGAGUCUUUCUCUGUGGGAGGAUGCGAUUCUGAUUUAAACCCAUGAAGUUACUUCAGUAGGAGAAGAGUGUUGUGUGGAAACCACCAAAUAUUUUGCAACUUUAUCUCAACAGUUGUGGAACUGCAUACUAACAGAGGAAAACAUUCUUGACCAUGAUAAAACAAAAAACACAGAAGCAAAAGAGAAACCCUUCACAUUUUACAAUUGGGGGCGAGGCUUUGGUGCUGACUGAAUUAAAAACCAGUGGCACUUGCAGUUUCCUGCCGGCUGCAUGAUUUGUCCUGAGUGUUUUCCUGGGCGCGGUGGUGUUGGUGUGCAGGGAAGGCUGCCGCCAGGUGCUCGGUGUAGCUGGGGGGCUACUCAUGCCUUGGGGCUGGGCUGGGACUCAGCCUGCUUAGAGCAGGCUUCGUCCAGCUCAGUCUUGGCUGCACCGUCCCUUCUGCCCCGGCUUCCUGCUUUCCUGUUGGAAUCCCCACGCUGACCACUCAGGCAAUUGAAGAAAGAGAACAAAGCGCAGCUGUUUGCCUGCCCAGAGUGAAGGGACAGAUUAUUCCACAUAGUCCUGUCUGAGGUUGGAAAAAUGGUGUAAUCAUUUAUUUUAUUUUAUUUAUUUAUUUUAUUUUAUCUUAGCAAUUUCCCUUUUGCUAAGCCAAAUUUCUCACCUUCCCAUUCAGAACACCUACACAACAUUCAGACGUCACACAAGGUUUGAACAGAGGCUGGAGGUGAAUAUUUUGGUGGCCAGACUUUUCACACACUUGUCUUGGGCCACUUUCAAGGACAGAAACAGGCUCCUGCUUUUUCCUGUCCCAAUGUUGGCAGUCCUGUUGACAGUUUUCUGUGCAGCUAAUGAAACUUUUAAAAAAAAAUGACGUGUUUGAUUUUACAGCUUCCCGUGAAAGGUCUUUAUAGUCCCACUGGGCAGAGUUUAGGGCCUAAACUUCGUGUUGAGCUGAUCAUAUAAAGUGAGAAUGAUGUGUUGUAACCUUCAACUAAACGCAUGGACUUUAAGCUCACUGGAGGCUGAAUGUGAAGGAGGGGUGGAUUUGGAAAGAUCAGACCAAGAUGCCGAGUGACAGUCACACGAAGUGCCCCCACCUCUGGAAGAACUUGCCAACAGUGGACCAGCUGCCACGCCAUUGCUGAGACCCACGCGCCUCCACUUCCCUAAGUUCACAGUAAAGCGAAGGCUCCUUAAGGUUAUCCACAGAGAACAGGACUUCCGAGUGGCUUCUUAAUGGAAGCAAUUCCUAAGUAGUUUUUGGGUCAUGGACAAAGACCAUGGGACUAUGCUGAAUCACUCAGACCUUUUUGUCACAUUCGUUCACUCUGCCUCAGCCAGUGCACCUGUGCUUCUGUUCAAGCUGAAGUACAGUGGCUACGGUUGUCUUCAGUCUUCUUUCUCCAUUGUGUGACCAUCACAAUGCCAUCGCUUUUGUUUCAGUGGUGAUUAUGAGACUUCUAAUACAAAAAUGAACGGGUAUUGGUGCCUCUUGAUUUUUAAGGACUUUGAAGAAAAGAGUCACCUCAUAUUCAUAGGGUGCGUGAGUAUUUUGUGGGUGUAUGAGCAAUUAAUUGAAAAUAAGAGUUAUGAAGUAAAUAUUUUGUUUUUUCCAUAGUGGCUGAUAUAUACAGAGACACUAAAACCCACGUAUUACGUGGGGAAUGAGGAUCCUUUUUUCACUCCAGGUAGUCCCGCCUGUUCUGUAGUUUGAGUUGAGUGUUCUUUAUGCUAUGACUUCCUGCCACCUCAAUGAGUUCAGUCUUUGGGACAGUAGAUACUGCAGAAACUGAGACCUCUUAUUACAUGCACAAGACAGCUGCUGGUCGACGUUAACUCUCUGGUUUUCCAGCUCACCCUCUGACUAAGUAGACUGACGGUCACACUGGUCAGUCUGUGUAGUUAGCAGACUCAGGUUAUUUUCAGGGAAGGCAUAGAAGCAUGGUUUGGUAGCUUCGUCACCAGAAUGUGUCAGGCGAAGACACAGACCAAAUACCUUUCGUUACUUUACGUGUAUUAUCUUUGGUGACACUAGAAUUCUGUGGCCUUGCGGAAAUGUCUGCAAGGAUCACAGAGGCGGUUUGGUGUUUCAUAAGUCUACCCCAGCGGUGGCAAGUUUUAUGCGGUACAGUAGUACCAGCAGCAGCUAAGAGUAAGUCUUCAUGAACUGUUCUGAUUGAACACCAGUGGAAUAGAUACCAAAAAUAAAAUGACACGUUUCUUUCAGUUGCAGGUGAAGCAGCCCAUUAGUUUUAGAGCGAGUUUUCCGCUGUGACUUUUAACUUUGAGACACAGGGAGAGGAAACAAAAAAGUUUUGUUCUCAAGACCUUUCCCUUUACAGUUUCCAACUGUAUUGAGCGUCCAAAGAGGCAGAAGCAGCUGGACUUGGCUCAGAGCACAGGCUUUGCUUCAUGGUGUGGGGGAGGCUCUACGCUCUUUCUUUCUUGGCCAGUCACUUGACCGCUCUCCAGCAAGGCAGACAUGGGAUUUACUAGGAUUCAGUGCCUGAUAAUUUCUUUGGGGAAGGGGGAUGGGAGUGAAUGUAUGGGGGAGGGAGGGAAGCAGGGAGAGCGGGCUUGUGAGUGAGUGCGCAUGCGUUGGGACUUCACUGCUGCCCUAUGGCCUCUGGGAACCGCCGGUUCACGCAUCUUGCUCACAACUGCAGUGUGCAUGUAUUUUGUUUUCUUCUCUGUGUUUUCUGAACUUACACUAAAAGAUUUCACCCAAUCAUCUUGUUCAGAUGGCUCAGGAUUGUAUUUCUUUUGCUUACCCUGUGCUCUUGGGUUCUAUAGUAUUUCUAUAAUUAUGUAACAAAAAUAGUGUUGCACUGUAAUCUAUCAUAUAGAGCUAUAUGUAUGGAACAUUUGGAUCAGUUUUUAAAGAAAUGUAUCCUGUUUGCAAAGGCACAAUAAAGUUGCAUCUUAUAGACUAUAGGCAAUAAAGCUAACAAUAAACCGUAUUUAACACAAACCAUAUUCAUAUUCUCCGUUCAUUUGAUUUUGGAAACAAUCCUAUCCUAUCUAGUAGCUUCAGGGAUUUUGCUUUAACUUAAAAACACUCUGAUUUUAUUUAUACAUUUCAAAUUGAUAUAUUAGGGGUUUGGGGAAACUCUUAAGAACUGCUCUGUUAAUGUAUAUAUUCCUAUGUAAGACACAUGGCUGCUCCUGUGUAUAUUUUUUAAAUUAAAGAAAUGCGCAUUUGAAAUCUG